UUUUUUUCCUUUUGCAUGCCUAUUGUGGAACUUGUUACAUUACUAUAAGAAGUUACAUAACAACCUAUUAUUUAGUUGGUACAAUAGAUGAACGGCUACAUAACGUGAAGAAUUUCAAAGUUAUAGUGUGACACAGUGAUGUUAUUUAUGACUAAAACUGGCACAAUUUUUAACCUUUUAAGUGUUCGUAAAAUGAUUUCAGACAGACCGGUAUCCAUUAGGGAGGAAGAGGGAGGCAUUAUCCUCGGAUUACAUUUAAUGGGAAUUGAAAGUGAAAGGAAAUAAUGGAUAGAGCUGGAGAGAAGGAAAGACACAGUCAUCUCCGUUUGCAGCAGAAGCUUCUAAAACACAGAUUAAUAUUCAAGGCUGAGACGUGUGAGUUAUGGACAGAGAGGACAGAGAUGUGCAGGGCAGUCUGACUGAAGCAAAGCAGCGUAAGCCGAGUCCUGCGCAACUCCCACCAGCCAGGCCGAGACAAAAAGCUCAGCAACAACGAGCUGCAGAGGAGGAAUCCCAAGUGUCUGAGGAGUCAAUCUCCGUCUCCCCGGAGCUGACCAGCUGGAUCAAACUCAACGCUAAAGACCUCAAGAUCCGGAUGACCGACUGCCGAUGGGCUGCAGAGGUGGUCAACGAUUUCCAAGACAACCUGCUGAAAUUCCUGCGGAGCAGCAAUGAUCAGCCUUUCUUCCAGUCAGCUGACUUCCUCAACGCCGGCAGCUACUUUGAGAAAGUUAAGAUCCGCAGCCCCGAUGAGUUUGACAUGAUGCUGAAGCUUCAGGUUCCCUCACGCGUCAACGUGACCAACCUCCACGGCGGCCUCUUCUACCGGAUCGAUCUUUCCCGGCCCACUCGGAGCCCCAUACAAGCCUUUCUUCUGGAGAAUGAGCGCACCGUCUCAUCGAGCAAGUUCCUGAGUGAGAUGUAUCGCGUGGUCCGCAAGUUUCUCAAGACCUACAAAGUGCCUGAAGAGGGCUGUUGCUGGGAGGUGAACAGGAAGCGAAUUCACUCGCCAGCUGUGACUUUGUCUCUGUGCAGGCCGGAGAUCAGCAGUGAUGAGUUGAUCUCUGUGGACCUGGUUCCUGCUCUGGAGGUUCAGUCUCAGGGCUGCUGGCCGCUCCCUGAGUGUCACGGUCCAGAUGUGGACAAAUGGCUGGGAAGGAAGGUUCGCCUAGAAAUCAAAAGUUUACCGUGUUACUUCAUACCAAAGAGGCUCAAAGGACGCAACCUCAGCGAGGACGCCAAAGAAAGUUGGAGGAUUUCUUUCUCUCACGUUGAGAAGAAAAUCAUCAGGAGCCACGGCAACAAGAAAACCUGCUGUGAGAGCAAAGCCACCAAAUGCUGCCGUAAACCGUGCUUGAUGCUCCUCAAGUCUCUGAUUGAGGGCCUGAAACAACGUUUCCCCAAUGAGCUGGAUCACCUCUGCUCGUACCAUGGGAAGACCGCCUUCCUCCACACCCUGUCCAUUAGGUUUGACGACUCCAUGUGGGCUUGCCAGCAGCUCCCCGCCUGCUUCCUGAACCUCCUCGGGGCUCUGCAGUGUUACGCUUGCAAAGGCUUCCUCCCUCACUUCUUCGUUCCUGACUACAACCUCUUCUCCGCGGCUGUCUUCCCCAAAAAAGCGCUGUCUUUCCUCAUCAACGCCUUGGAGGAGCAGAGGAGGGAAGGACUGCCGCUUCUGAAGCCUCCAGCUCCUCUCCCACUUCUCAGACUAAUGAGUCCUUCAGGAGAUGACACCUCUGAGAUAUCCAGCGAUCAGUCGUCCAUUCUGACUGCAGUUUGCUCUCUGGACACUGCAUUUGUAAAUACACUGGUCCUAGUGUUUGCUGUAGCUGUAGUUUGUAUCCUAUUCUGUAUGCAAGUGAUAGGAAAUUAGGAUACACACAAAAUAUAUGCAGUAUUACAUACAAGAAUUACUUACAUACUCCCUCUUUUUAUGGAGUGUAUACAUCAAGUGAAAACAAGGUAGUAAAGAGCAUCAUUUCAAAUUGAUUUGAAUUAAACUGUGACUCUAUCAAAUCUUCCAUGGUGAUACAAGUUUUACCAUUUAUAAUGUGAAAGGAUAAUAAUUAUAAUUAUACAAAUUGUUCAUCUUUAAUGCAGAUUGCUUCAGAAAUGUUUUAAUAUGAGCCAUUGAUCUUGCAAUUAUUUUCAAAAAGUGUUUUGUAACACAUUGUUUAUUACAGUUGAGACUGAUAUCAUCUCUCUGCAAGUCCUUUGUUUAUAAAUUUCCUCUAUGAAUUUAAAUUAUUAAGUUUAUUUGGUACUUUUUGUUUUAAUGUUUUUGGUAUUGUGUUUUGUUUUUGUAACUUUCAGGGCACUGUUUUUGUUAUAAGGAAUAUAGUGUGUUAAAUGUCUGUGGCAAAAGCAUAUACAGUGAAAAACAAUAAAUACGGCAACAACU